ACUAGUUGAAAGUUGAAACUGUGUUGAAGCUUUAUAAUUACUUUUUCACUUAGUCUUUCAAAAUAAAUAGAAUAUUCAUUAAAAUCACAAAUUAAAUAUCACUAACUAGACUUUAGAGACAAUCAACAAAUAUUAGAUUUUUUAAUAGUACAUUAUAAUCAUUAUUCUAAGGUUCACAGAAUAAUAUGAAAGACAUGAAUUCUACAAUCGCUAGCAAUAUUUCUGAGAUAGCAAAAUUAGCAAGAAAGUUUAAUUGUUUUUAUUUAGCGGGUCUACAUCAAGGUACUUGUAAACCAUUCUUAGUGGGUGGUCAUCAAGUUGGAUUGAUUCGUCCUGAUAUAUUAAAACAUUUGGAGAGAUUUCCUGAGGUUUUUCGAGUUACUGGAAAGUAUGUAGAAUUAAACCCGGCAUUUAGGGAUUAUAAAGAACGAUCGUCAAGAAUUGCGGCGGUGUUACAAUCUUUAAAGAAGGAAGAUGAAAUAUGUGCUCUCAAGGGUUGGAGAGAUGAGUGUUUUGAAGUGAGCACUCCAUUCUAUCAUGAAAGUCUUAUGGAGAUGGACAGAAGCGCCAUAUGUCUUUUUGGCAUUAGGAAUUAUGGUGUUAGCAUAAAUGGAUACCUUUUCCACCCCAUAAAAGGACUAUGUAUUUGGCUUCAACAGCGAAGUUUUACCAAACAAACUUGGCCAGGCAAAUGGGACUGCUUUGUGAGUGGUGGAUUAGCAGUUGGUUAUGGUAUAAUGGAGACUGCUAUCAAGGAAGUUGCUGAAGAAGCAUCAGUAGUUGGUGAUUUAGCAAAAAAACUAGUUCCAGCUGGUUGUGUCAGCUUUUACUUUGAGAGUGAGAGAGGGUUGUUUCCAAACACAGAGUAUGUAUAUGACCUGGAACUUCCACAAGACUUUAAGCCUGAAAAUGCUGAUGGGGAGGUUGAAACCUUUGAAUUGUUAACAGCUGAAGAAUGUGUACAAAGGGCUUUAACAACUCAGUUCAAAACAACUAGUGCACCUGUGUUGUUGGACUUUCUCAUUAGACGGGGAUUUAUCAACCCUGAAAAUGAACCUAAUUAUCGGCAUAUCAUCGAGUUACUCCACGUCCCCUUGCAAACAAUCUACAAAUGGCCUCAAACGGACAUUGUGACCAAUGGAGAUGGAGAAACUCUACAACGCUAAAUUUAGUACAAAAAUUGGUAUUACAGGCCCAUUUUGAUAAUAUCUGAGAUGUAAAAAAUCGAGAUGUAGUAUUGUGAAUCAUCAAAUGACGCAGACAUACAAAAGACAUUAUUUUGAUGAUUCCAAAACUAGAUUUGGGUUUUGUCACAGUUUGUAACAUGGGCUUCAUGUUUGGCGUAUCCGUUUUAUCUCUGAUUAUUUCGUCUUCCAUGUUUUAUCGGCUUUUUUGUAUUUUGCGGAAUCUUAUCUUUCUGAUAAAGUUUCCACUUGAUAUAAUUUAGAACAAGUUUGCACUAUGACGAAAAUGCAGUUUUUAAAAAGAUCUUAAUUCUAAAAAGUUAUAAUCUGGGUUUUUACAGUUUGCUUGGCAUAUAUAAUUUUUUUCAUAGAUUUGCCUUCAAUUAGUCAUAUUUCUACAGAUAGCUUGGUCUUUGAUUUUUUUUGUAUAAUUUUGUUUUUUGUCUGAUCCAUUUUCGUAGGUUAACUAAUGCUUAAUAUGUUCAGUUAAACAUUUUUGACAUACAUUAGAUUAUUUCCAUUUGUUUGCUUGAUCAUGACAUAUACAAUAAGAUCUAUAUUCUAAUUUUGGAGCCUAAUGACUCUAAAUAUAUUCCAUUUGAAAAUAUCGUUAAAAGACAUCUGGAAGAGGUUAGAAUGCACAUUUAAAUAAUGAAACAUCUGUUCAUGUCUAUUGCUUUUAAUUGGUUAAAACACGCUACGGACCAAUGACAGCUAGACCAAUCACAAUCAAGCGACAUGAUCACUCAUUUCGUUUACAGUUCACACAGUGACAGGUAAGAUCGAGCAACCGAAUUGAAAUAUAGUUUUGAUAGUUUAGCUAGGGACAUUUAAUUUCUGUGAUACUUUACCGAUUUGGUAUAAGCGAUAUUAGUUGGUAAUUUAUAGGACGUGUGCGAUUGGAAUUUCUAAUUACAAAAAUAUGUAGGACUAGGAUUGAUUUCAUGAUGCAAACUUAGCAAACAAAAUUUGACGUGAAAGUACAUUUGACGUUAAGUCCUUUGAAUCGCGAUUGUAAAAUGAGUAUGUUAAUUGAAAUAUAAUAUUAGAAGCAACCUAGAUUUAUGCUGUAUAUUAUUUGCUAAUUAAAUUGUAUUGAAGAUUGUAUUAUUUUAGUGUAUUCAAUAGCGAGCAUGUAACUCUAGUCAGUAAAAUGUUCAAAGACCGAAACAUUUUUUAUUGUUUUCAUAUUGUAUUCAAACUUGUUUAUAAAAUUUUGAAUUGUAUUUUUGGAUUUAUAAAAUUCCUAGUACGCCUAAAAUAUUUCAAAGUCUAGUUACAAGAGGUAUGUAGUAAUAAAAAUAGUUUAAUUUAAUAUGGCGUAGUAAAAGGAAAUUGUUUCGAAAUGUUAAUUGUCUUUAAUAGCGUAUAAUGUGUCAAAAUAGAAUUGUCAUAUGAAUGAACCAUACAUUUUAGUAAUAAUUAUUUUCAAAUGAGAAAACAAUUUUGUAUUAUUUCAAAUAUAUUUUAAAAUUUAGGCAAAGGUAAAAUUUACGUAUCAAUCGAGAUGACAUGCCACGACGCGGGUAAAGAGUUUAAAAACCAUUGUAUUAAGCCUAGUUGUAGACGUUACUGUUAUACUGAUAUCACGAGCAAAAAAUAUUCGAUAAAAUACACGUGAUUACAAAUAGUCGCUUUAUAGGACGAUGAACAUUUCAUUCGCUGAGUGUAAUUUUUCGAAUUAUUUUUUGCCGUCCGCGUAAAUAAAGUCGACAGUGUAGUUUCAGAUAGAAAAUGUACAAAGUCGCGCCUUACAGUUUUUUACAUUUCUACAAUUAACCAUUGUUAUUGGCGAGACUUUUUACCAAUUUUACAUGUUAAUCGUUUACAUUUGAGAUUUUUAGGGUAUGCUUUCCUAAAAGUGGAUAAUAAAUUAUAAGUCGA